UGUAGAAUAUGGUGGCCAGAGAACGCUUGUAUUUUGUUUAUUGUUAAUUUUUUCUUCUCUUGUGGAUUUUUAAUAUGUACUUACAUGGCUUAUUAGAAGCUGAUUUAUAACUUUCCCAAGCGGAAGCAUUUGUCGCCGUGUUUAAAGUGCCUUUCGUCUCAAAACAGGCGAACUAUCGCGUAAUAACAUUCGUUCGGCAUGGCCUUAGUAUCAAGACGGCGUACCAUAUUUUACGGCAUUAUUUUUGCCACUGCACUGUGGUUUUUGUUCACAGUGGCGUUUUUCGUGAACGAACGUAAUAGCAAGUCGUACUACGACAAUAUAGACUUCAAUUCAGUGGAACUUGAUAGAAAAUUACGAGAUAAGCGCGGACUCGCGAAGCACCCAGGCAACACAGCUCAUUAUGUGUAUGCGGACUAUGACAAGACACCUCAUCGCAAUCCUAACCAACCUGGCGAGCUCGGCGUAGCUGUGUACGCUGAAUCUUGGGAAAAGGAGAAGGAGAACGAGGGCUAUACGCAGCAUUCUUUUAACCGUUUUGUUAGUGACAAGAUUUCGUUGGAACGAAAUUUACGAGAUUUCAGGAAUUCAAAAUGUCGAUGGAAGAAAUAUCCUUUACACUUACCCAAAACAAGCGUGAUAAUAUGUUUUCAUAACGAAGCUUGGUCAACGUUACUUCGAACCGUACACAGCGUAAUAAAUAGAUCCCCACCUCAUUUACUCAAAGAAAUUAUUUUAGUUGAUGACGCAAGCACAAGAGAUGAAGUAAAAGAUAAAUUAGACGAAUACGUGAAAACCCUCGCUACGCCGGUGAAAAUUAUAAGAUUGCAAAAACGGGAAGGACUUAUUAGAGCAAGGUUAACAGGAGCUGCCGCAGCGAAGGCAGAGGUACUUACGUUCCUUGAUGCACAUUGCGAGUGCACUAUUGGCUGGUUAGAACCGUUACUGACUCGCAUUGCCGAGAACAAGUCUAAUGUGGUAAUGCCAGUCAUUGAUGCUAUUGGCGAUAAGGAUUUUAAGUAUAAUAGUGUAAGUGAGCCAUUUCAACGAGGAAUAUUUCGGUGGAGGCUAGAGUUCGGUUGGAAACCAAUACCUGCUUAUGAAAUGAAAAGGAGGAAAGAUGAAACCGAUGGAAUAAGGACCCCUGUUAUGGCAGGUGGCUUAUUCUCUAUCAGCAAGGAGUAUUUCGAAGAAAUGGGAACAUACGAUACAGGAAUGGAUGUCUGGGGCGGAGAAAAUUUAGAGAUAUCUUUCAGGAUCUGGAUGUGUGGUGGUGUUAUUGAAAUGUUACCCUGCUCACGUGUUGGACACGUGUUCCGUCCCAAGUUCCCCUACUCGUUUCCAGCUCGCCCCGGGUCAAACAUUGAUCCUGUGAGCAAGAACUUGAUGCGCGUUGCCGACGUAUGGAUGGACGAGUACAGUAAACAUUUCUAUAAUAUAAGAUAUGACCUUAAUUCGAAACAACACGAUGAUGUCAGUGAAAGAGUCAAUUUACGCAAGAGACUUAAAUGUAAAAGCUUUAAAUGGUAUCUAGAUAAUGUUUUUAAAGAAUUGUCAGUACCGGAUUCAAAUUUCCUUUUCUCCGGGGAGGUGCGUAAUCCACAAAGCGGUAUGUGUUUUGAUACCCUCGGUAAGCGCGACGAUCAUCCUUUAGGCCUUUACCAAUGUCAUGGCCAGGGAGGAAAUCAGUACUUCACUUUAAACAGCAAAGGAGAACUCAAGUCUGAGGACAAUUGCCUGGAUUUCAAUGGCUACGAUUUAUAUCUUAGAGAAUGUGAUGACUUAGGACAAAAUCAAAAAUGGGAAUACAAAGAUUCUAAAGUCCACAAUAUACGUCGCAAUGUAUGUCUUGAUCGUGGAGAUAGUAAUAGUGAGUAUGUGAAAGCUGUCGCAUGCAGUGGACAAGAAUCCCAGGUGUGGAUGUUUGGAAAAUCAAAGUGAAUGAUGAUGUAUCCGUCUAUAAUAAUUCGUUACUGUUGGCUAAUGUUUCCUGGUUACUAUUAGCUUUCACUAUAUCGUAAGAAUAAUUUCUAUAAAAGGUUAAAUGUAAAUGGUCAUGGUUAACUGCUUGCCACCUUGACAUGUUCACAGUGAAAUUGAAACUAGGCUUGACCGAGAAUACGAUCUCUGAUGCGACCUCAUGCAGUUUUAUAGUAGCCCAACAGCCAGGCGCUGUAAUUUCUAUUAUUUUACUUUUUAUUACUUAUUAUUUUUUAUUACAAUAAUUGAUAUUUGCAUGUAUUUUGUUGAAG